AUGGGAAGCCCGCCAGUGACACCACCAGCUCAAAUCAGGAGAAACAACACACCCCGGCAAGUUCUUGAAGGUAGCAUUGGUGAUGUGGCCAUUUUGGGUGGUGGUCAUGAUGGCACGGAUAACAGCAGCAGAACAAAGGGAUCAUGCCCAGCAGCCAUGAAAAAAGUCAAGAAACAUGCAAGCAAGAAAUCCAAGAAGGGUGCAAAAACAGCAGGCAAGACCAAGAAAGGCAAAUGUCCCAAGUCAAAAACGGAGAAGGCAGCACUUGCUUCACCUGUAGAGUCAGAGACUGCGAAGCCAAAACUUGAAAUGAAGGCAGAGCCUGUGGAGCCAGGGUCUGUGAAGCCAAAACCUGCAGUUGCUUCACCUUUGGCUGAGCAUGAUGGAAAGGCUCCAGCACCAACACCUGGUUCUGCCGAAACACGUGCUUAUGUCCCCUGCCCAAAGACCUCCGUACCCAUUCCCAAAGCAAAUGUCCCUGCAGCAAUGGAACUUGUGAAGAAGGAGAAAGAUAUCCCUCGCCUACCUGGCUUGAAGACCACGACACCAACUAGUGUUAGGAUGGCAAAGGCCGUGGAUCAGUCGCUAGAUGAAAACUUGGCACGUGCUGCCACCCAAGAGCUUUUUGAACCUUCGGAGCUUGGCAACGGAACGGAAUACUAUUCCCCAGGCUAUUCCCCAAGCCAUGCCUCCCUUGCUGGGUCUGAGAAGGGGAAUGAUGAGGAAGGUGAGCUUGGCUCAGACUAUGAUGAGUUUUUGAACAGCUUGGAGGAUGACAAGAAGGAAGAAGCACAGGACUCCCGUGACUCUGACCAAGUAAGUGUAGCUGAAACAACCAAGACUAACAACACACAGAAGAAGAAGAAGAAGAAGAAAAGCAAGAAGGAAAAGACGCCCUUGCAGAAAGCAAUGCAUGCUCGAUACAUGAAGUUCAGCAGAUCAAUUCGAAGCCGCAAAGCACCAAUUGAAAUCAGACGUGCUGGCCGAGCUGCGAAAUACAGUCAUGCGAAGCUUCAGAUCCUUCAAGAGGCUUGGGAAGCGUGCAAAGGCGAUUGGAAAUCCUCCAGCUUUUACAAGUCAAUCACCCAGCGCAAGACAACAAGCUCUCAUGGAGCAAGGGUCUGGCUAACGCGCCAGCAGAUUUGCAAAAAGUAUGGAGACCAGAAGAUUGCCGAUUGCAUUUGCGAUGGAAAGUUGGCGGAUCCAAAUGUGGCUGCCACCCAAAUCAAAUGGCACCCAGAUGCUGAAGGGAAUGAGGAUCUCCGUCUGUUCCUAGUAUGGGACAGCGAAGGUGUAUGUGAACGUGAAGAUUCCAUCGUUGAAGACUUGUUCCAGGCAGCAGACAAGGAUGAUGGGUAUUCAGACUCCGAGUGCAGCCGGGGCAGAAAGCGCAAGAGGGGAGCACGCAGCCGCAAGUCAAAGAAAGGCAAGAAGAAGAGCACAAGCAGCAGUGAAAGCGAGUCAGAGGAAGAAUCCCGCAGUUCCCACUCCGAAAGCGAUGAUGAAGACAGUGCUGAGGAAAAGCCAAAGAAGAAGUCGAAAGGCAAGAACAAGAGCAAGAAGAACAAGAGCAAGAAAGAUAAGAAGAAUAAGAAAGGAGAAAAGAAGGAAACAGAGGUUCAGAAACAGAAGCGUCUGGAGAAAGAAGAGAAGCAACGAUUAAAGGAAGAAAAGGCAGCGAAGCAGAAGGCGGAGAAUGAGCUCUUUGGCAAAGCAAAGAAGGUACUGAACUCCGCCAAUGAUAAAAUCACAAAGGCUUCGAAGAAGGUUGAACUCAUCAACCAAAUGUGUCCAGGCCUUCGCAACGUGAUCGAGAACGAUUUCCACAUUUUCUGGGAUAUGCUGGUCAAAAAGCGAGACAAGUUACAAGCCGACGUUGACACCCGGGAUGCUACUGGUUUGGAGAAGAAGAUGUCGGAAUGUUCGGAUGCCGAGUCCAAGUACAAAGACUUCUUGGCCCGGGCCAACCUGAAGUAG